GAUGGCUUGCUGCUGCAGACCUCUGAGGCAGAACGUGGGCUACUCCUCCGUGCCGAGGGGAGAAUACGAGCCCAGCGAGACAUGCAUCUCCUCCUGAGCCCUUGGCCCAUUUGGCACGCCCUGGACCGUUUGACCUGCUCUGGCGUUGUCAAUGCCACGGUGGUCUCUGCUAUUCAGCCCGCAAAGAAAUGGCUUUACCUGUUUGUGAGCCGAUCACGGGCAUCUGAGAAGCAGGACCUCGUGGUCUCAAAUCAAAUCAGGGCAGAACGGAAGGCCUACUGCCCUGUGGAGUUUACAACUCUGAUGGAGAGGGUUGCUCAAAGUCAGCGUCCUCUCGAAAAGAUGAAGGUCGUGGAGGUAGGGGCCCACUACGGGGACUGCUCGCUCUGGACAUCUGCGGUAUUCAGGCCCAAGGUCAGCUGCGUGGGUAUCGAGGCCGACCUGACCCGCUGGGAGCGCUUCCAGCGGGCGAAGGUGACAAAUGGCUUCGAGGAUGACACUCUGCUGGUUCUGCAUGGCUUCGUGGCCGAAUCUCUGAAAAGCUCUGUGCAGUAUGACUUGCGGACCAGCGGGCUGUUGCCAUUUAUUCCCAGGCUGGCGCUGGAUGAAAUCAUCCGUGAGCCAGUGGAUGUGCUGAAGGUGCACACGAACGGCGGCGAGCACAAAGUCCUGCUUGGCGCGAGGCGGGCCUUUGCCCUUGGUGUGCGAGCUGUGGUUGUUGCCAUCUUGAACUCGACCCUGGGGCUACGUUCCGCUCGAUUCCUGGCGAAGCGCGGAUACGAAGUUCAUAUUGGCAAGCAACGCUUGCAGCCUCAGAAGUUGCGGAGGGCCUCAUACAUCGGCAACAUUCUCCAGGCGGAGGCGCGGAGACAGAUGGUCGCUAUCCAUCCGGAGCUCGUCACCUGA